CAUAGAUGUAUUUUAAAUGCGUCAUAUUAAGAGAAUGCAUUAGGUGCAGAUAGCAUAUAGGAUAUACUAAUGUAAUGUAUUGUAAGUUGGCAAACAAUCAAGAUAUUUCAAUGUGGCCAAUCUAAGAAUCGAAAUCGAAAAGGAAGUUAGGUAAUGCUGAUUCAUAUUUAGAACGCAUUCGUCUCUGAUCAUGUUUUGAAGCAUUGGCAAAUUUUAUAAAAUUGUUCAUUUUAUUCAAAAGAAUGAAUGCUGACUUACUGGCGAGAAUAAUAUUAUGUGCGACGACUUGACACCAACACGCAACUUAGUCGAAAUGACAGCGCUUUUAUGAUAUCGCGACUGGCAACCCAAAACUGUUUCCGCCAUUUUUAGUAAUAAUGUGUCAAAUUGUAGGGUAGUUUAACAAAAAAAAAGUAAUGUUUUGAUAAAAGUUAUAUUUAAAGUUUUUCAUUUAAUUUCGCACCGGUUUAGUUUUCCACAAAAAUUCCGUACCUUCCAGUAAAAUUUUAUACCACAAUAAAUAAACGAAAACAGUGUUUGUGUGUGAUUUUCUACGUUGUAAAAUGACGGUGUGAUAUUAAUUGCGCCAGAUACUUCCGUUCAUAUCCGUGUGAGUAUAAAUCGGCGGGAAAUUGUGUGGUGUGCCAAAAUGUCGUCGCGUACGGGGCAGCGCGGCACGUCAGUCGCGACGAGCCAGCGGAAACACCGCUCCCGGUCUACCACCAGGUACGACAUGGAGAAAAAGCCCAAGAAGAAGGACUUCAGGACUUCUGGCACCACCAGUCUGGUGUCCAUCCCCAACAGCAUCAAGCUUCCCAUGCUUAACAGCGGCCUCAUAUCUCUUGCCGACGAAAAUGGUUCCAUAUCGGAGACGAUACCGGACCGGCCCGUCGAACUCAAGAACUUCCCCAAACUGUGCGACCAAAGGAGAAAAUAUCCUGUUUUAUACAAGCUCGAAUUUCAAACGGCGGUCAAAGUGGAAACACAUUCGUGUCGACACGCGACAAAGAAAACAAAUUCACAUAAAAAUCAAAAUCAAAAAGUCAUACCUUAUGACUACAACAGAGUGGUGCUAGAGACGGUGGAUCGAGAGCCAGACUCCGACUACAUUAACGCUUCCUAUAUAGAUAGUAUAUUAAAACCAAACGCAUACAUAGUAACCCAGGGUCCAACGGAAGAUACAGUGGUCGACUUCUGGCGCAUGAUCUGGCAGGAGCGGGCGGCUGCCAUCGUCAUGCUCACCAAGACCUUCGAUUUCAUUAAGGUCAUGUGCGUCCAAUACUGGCCGCCGAACAAAGACAAGGACGAGACAUACGGAGACAUCAGCGUCGGCAUCGUGCAGGAGGAGGAACUCGCCAACUUCCACAUACGAACCUUCAGGCUCUACAAAAGUGAAAAGAGCGUGGUGGUCGAAGAGCGCUUCAUCCUGCAGUUCCACUACACCCAGUGGCAUUCUCACACGUGCCCGUUCAGCAACGCGCUGUUGGAGUUCAGACGGCGUGUGCGCGCCGUUGUCGGCAGGAGGCUCGCCACGAACCCCGCAGCUGGACCCAUGGUCGUGCACUGCAAUGAUGGCGGUGGCAGAUCAGGUGUAUAUCUCGCCAUCGAUGCAAAUCUUGAGCUGGCUGAGGAAGAAGACUGCUUUGAUGUGUUUGGGUUCCUCAAGAAACUCAGACAAUCCAGGAAAGGCCUUAUAGAGAACGAGGAACAAUACAAAUUCGUGUACGAUACUCUGGAAGAGCACGUCGUGUGCGGAGUCUCGUGGUUCCCGGUGUCAGAGCUAUCCCAAAGACUGAAGCAGAAGUCCCAGAGGGACCCGGUGUCCAAACUGAAUGAAUACCAGAAGGAGUACCAGCAGAUCUGCAAGCAGACGCCGAGGUUCACGAUAGGAGACUGCGCUGGUGGGCACAGAGGAGAUAAUAGGGAGAAGAAUCGGGAUGUGCUGGUUGUACCACCUGACAAUUUUCGUCCAUACUUGACAUCUUUCCAAGGAAACAGCUUCACGGACUACAUCAACGCUGUGUUUGUCGAUGGUUACACGAAGCCUCGUGAGUACAUUGUGACAGAGUGGCCGCUGGUCAGAACACAGGGAGAGUUCUGGUCGUUAGUGUACGACUACGAGUGCGCGGCUGUGGUGGUGCUGUGUGUGCCGCCGAAGAACUCUCAACAAUUCCCACCCUUCUGGCCAGAGGGUCGGCAUUCCAAGAAGUACGGGCCAGUGUUCACGAUAGACCACGUCUCCCACAACCACUACACCAACAUCAAGACUUGGAUAUUCAGAAUCAAUAAGAAGAUUAUAUCGCUGACGGAGCUGAUGGCUGGCGUGAAGGCGCCUACGAAAACAGUGCAGCUGUUCCAGUUGACGUGCUGGCCUAUGGGUCACAAGGUGCCCUCCUCCACCAAUUCUCUGGUCGAGCUCAUGAACAUGGUGGAGCGCUGGCGGCAGCGCACCGACUACGGCCCCGUCUGCGUGGUGUCGCCUGACGGGCGAAGUCGUGCCGGCGUAUAUUGCGCUGCCAACGCGUGCAUCGAGCAAGUGAUCCAACACGGCGAGGUGGACGUGUUCCAAGCGGUCAAGACUGUACGCCGGCACCGACCACAGCUGGUCGAAAAUAUGACUGAAUACAAAUACUGCUACGACCUAGUCCUCCAUUACGUGCUGCACUAUUUAAAUAAAGACAUGAAUGAAAAGAAGUGAGAGUGCGAACUCAAGGACGAGCUCUGGUUCAUCGAGUUCGGUCGCGGCGCGGCGCUGCCCACGACCCCCGAGGAGACGUCGCCGGCGGCGGCGCGCGAGCCGAAGCG